AUCCGAAGAUGAUGUCGAUCGCGUGUGCGGCUGCAUUCGUCAGCGACAUCGUCCCCAGUUCAUGCUCUCAAAUUCGCUUCUCUGAACGACCCUCCGCCUGAUGACUCUGCUCUUCGCUCCCCGUCCACCGCCCAUUGGCUUCACGUCCCCUCGAGUCCUCUGUACGCUUUAGAUGAGCCAUGGCCCUAUAGCCCACGAUUCUUUCCAUAUCAAGCGAUGCACCAGGGCUGUGAGCGCCCUAUUGCAUUCCCUCAUCUAUCGCGUCCAUUUGCUCUCGCACCCGAUGUGUUCUCACCGAGCUCGCCGACCACCUCGGAUAGCGGCGAAAGCGGCAGUGGCAGCAGCAGCGACCACCAUGUGCCUGACGCGCCCCGCCCGCGCGGCGGUCCCUGCGCACGAGAUGGGCCAUGUGGGUUGGAAAUCUCCCGCUCGAUGUGACGCACAAGGAGCUGCGCACGUUUUUCACGAUGGGUCCCUCGAAGAAGUCCGCCCACGGCCGCGACUCCGACCAUCGCCGCCUCGCCGACGACCUCAACGGCGUCGUCUCCCUGUUCCCCAUCACGCGCUCGGGCUGUGCGUUCGUCAACUAUGCGACGCCCACUGCACUCGAGCAGGCGCUGGCGCGGUUCAAUGGCGCGCACUUCCGCAACGAUCUGACCAAGCCUCUCGUGUGUCGCACGCCGGAGGAAGAGGGCAACGGUCUACAUCCUACCACUCUUUCGGUCGCCAGCUCAGCCACGUCCAGUCAUCGAGCACUUGCGGACCACUUUCCGAAGCGGUUUUUCGUCAUGAAGUCCCUCACACAGGGAGACCUCAUCUUAAGCGUCAAAACGGGUUUGUGGGCCACCCAGAGGCACAACGAGUUCUUCCUCGACCAGGCCUUCAAAACGGCAAAGGAGGUGUACCUCAUCUUCAGCGCCAACAAAAGCGGCGUGUUCUUCGGCUAUGCACGAAUGAUCAGUGUACCGCGAUCCGACCCCUCGCACGUCGAGAGCCCAGCGAAUGACUGCCGGGACCAGGUCGGGAUGAGCCCGCGGUCGAGCUCGAUGGCCCCGGGAGUGUGGAGCAAAUCCACCAGCGACGGCGCUUCACACUGGGGGAAAGAGUUUGGCGUGCAGGUGCAGGUAUCGCGAGACGGCACUGAGCUCCAUCCCGCGGUCGGCCAGGAGCUGCUUAGGAUCUGGGACGAGCUUGCCGUGGAGCAGUAG